AUGUACCAUGUCGGCCUGAUAAACGGCAAGUUCAAGUACCUGACGGCCGAGACGUUUGGCUUCAAGAUAAACGCCAACGGGGCAACUCUGAAGAAGAAGCAACACUGGACCCUCGAGGGCAACGAGCACCAGGUGUACCUGCGCUCGCACCUCGACCGUUACCUCGCCGUCGAUCAAUUUGGCAACGUGACCUGCGAGGCCGAGGACCCCACCGAUCCCGGCUGCGCUUUCCAGAUUCAAAUCGCCUGCGACGGAAGCGGAAGAUGGGCGCUGAAGAACGUGCAGAGGGGCUAUUUUCUAGGCUCGAGCCAGGACGAGCUCAAGUGCACGGCCAAGGCGCCCGGCGAGUCCGAGUACUGGCUCGUCCAUCUCGCCGCCCGACCCCAGGUCGUUGUAGUUGUCGGCGUACUCCGAAAGAAGCAAAAGGUCCACAUCGGCUGCGGCGUAGCUCGCGGAGGACAACGAGAAGAAGAAGAAGAAGAACGCGAGAAAGCCCGGGGCAUUGUUGGGCCCAACAGCGCACAAUUACCUGGAUAA